UCUUCUUGUUAAUCCUUUACUUCAUUGCAUUUACUUGUUAUAUAUAGCACGAUAUGAACUUAUUUGGUAGAGCAGAUGGUGAUGGUGUCUUGACACCAGCUAAUACAACUGCCACCCAAUCCAGUUUAUUCUCGGGAGUUGCCUCCGCAAAUCAAGAAAGUAGUAUACCAGCACCAAGUUCUGACUCACCUAACUCUGCAGUCUCGUCUGCGGUAGAAAGCUCGAGACCUCCUUCCAGUUCAGCUGCUCCUACAUCUUCCCAAAUUGACACACCAUCGUCGUCAUCCUCAUCGACCACCUUUGCGUCGGCCUCAUCAACCGAUUUAUCUUCAACCUCAACUGAAUCUUCGUCUCAAAGUCCGUCGAGCGAACCACCAUCAUCUUCAUCCACAUCUUCUUCUUCGUCGACCUCAUCAGCUCCAUCGUCAUCAUCCACAUCUUCGACUUCAUCGUCGUCACCACCUUCAUCUUCAUCUUCAUCGUCAUCUUCAUCUUCAUCAUCCUUGACGUCAUCCUCAUUUCUGUCGUCCCUGUCAUUUGCAACAACAACUGAAUCAACUUCGUCAUCAGUUUCACCCACUGCAUCCCCUCUGAGCUCUUCAACUGAAGCAUCAUCAACAACAGACGCUUCCAGUUCCCAAGUAGCAACAAGCACCUCAUCGUCAGAAUCGCCUACAUCCUCUACUUCUUCCUCAUCAUCUUCAUCGUCAGCAUCGGAAUCAAUUACAAGCACAACUUCAAGUACUUCAGCUUCAUCAUCUCCACUGACGACAACUGGUCCAUCGAGUUCAUUCACUCCAUAUGUAUCAACCAUUAGUGUAUCGCCAGAUAAAACCAUCACUACACUUGUAACUGUCCCUACUAGUGCACCAGCACCAAAGAAUACAAAUGCAUCUUCGGAUCAAAAGAAUUCUAAACUUAUUGGUGGGUUAGUUGGUUCAAUUGGUGGGACCAUAUUGAUAGCAGGUUUGGUACUUUUCUUUGUCUUUUUAAAGAAGCGUAAGAGUAAACUUACCAACCAAUCUCCAGAUUUUAAUAAUGAUUCUGGCUUGGAUUCAUUUGGAAGUGAAAAGGGAGGCUCAAGUUUCGGAUUCAAGAAACUUUUCGGUUCUAAAGUAUCAUCUGGUGCUGGUGCUGGUGGAGCUCUUGCCGGGAUCAACGACCUUGAAAGACAAAUGAAUAGAAAAGCAGGGGAAACUCCAGGUUAUCAAAAUCUUGAAAAUGAUGAUCAAGACAAUGAUUUCGUUUAUAGAGGAGUUGCAAAUAGUAAUAAUCUUGACUCUGUUUUCAAACCGCUGGCCAAUAAUCUGACGGGACAAAACACGGCAUCAUUGGGACAUACAAGAUAUAAUUCCACUGGUGGUAAUUCCUCCCCAGCACCUCCAUACCCAGCAUCUGCUCAUAGUGAGGAAUUUAUCUUUGGUUCCAUACCACUUAGUGAUGAACAUAAUCCUUUAAUGCCUAUUCAUCAGGAAGAAGAUAGGGUGACAUCUGGGGAAUUUAACCCUUCUGAUUAUGAUCUGGAAUUGGAAGAAGAUGAAGAUAAAUUGGUCAGACCUUCAAUGCCAGGCACCAAUGAAACAGAGAGUAGAAACUCAAAGUCUAGAUUUACAGAAGAAAUUCUUUAGUAUGAAUUAAUUACAAGAGAGUAAACCAGAAAUUCAAACAAACUGCAAUAGCAUGACCAGGAAGCGUAUGCGCCGGUCUUACCUUAGUAUUUAGCAUGAC